AUGUCAGACCAGAAGGAUCCGGUACUCGAGAAGAUCGAAAACACCAAGGCCGUCUACAGACGCUUGGGCAAGAGCGGGCUGCGGGUUUCUGUGCCUAUUCUCGGUGCUAUGUCUUUCGGCGACCCAGCAUGGCAACCCUGGAUCCUGGACGAAGAAGCAUCGCUUCCACUACUCAAAGCGGCCUACGACAAGGGCAUACAGACGUGGGACACGGCGAACAUCUAUAGCAAUGGUGUAAGCGAGACGAUCAUUGGCAAGGCCAUCAAGAAAUACCAGAUUCCUAGAGAGAAAAUUGUCAUCCUGAGCAAGUGCUUCGCCUAUAUCGGCGAGGAACCUGGAAUCAAGACUAUGACUUACGGCCAGAAGAUCGCCGAGUCACCAGACUACGUCAACCAAGGAGGCCUUUCACGAACUGCCAUCUUCAAUGCCGUCAACAAGUCACUCAAGCGUUUGGACCUGGAAUAUCUUGACUUGCUCCAGAUUCAUCGUUUUGACCCCAACACACCAAUCGAAGAAACCAUGGAAGCACUACACGAUCUGGUUCGCUCCGGCAAAGUUCGUUACAUUGGUGCAAGUUCCAUGUGGACUUACCAGUUCUGCAUGAUGCAGGCUUGUGCCGACAAGAACGGUUGGACGAAGUUCAUUAGCAUGCAAAAUCAGUACAGUCUUCUGUAUCGCGAGGAAGAACGUGAGAUGAACAAGUAUUGCGAUGCAACUGGCGUUGGACUCAUUCCUUGGGCCCCUCUCUGUCGUGGGCAUCUCGCCCGUCCAGCAUCAGCAGCUGGAAGCACCACGAGGUCUUCCAAAGAGGCCGAGGGCCUAGCCGGUACCUCCGAAGUUGAUGUCAAGACUAUUGGGCGCGUACAAGAGAUUGCAGAGAAAAAGGGCUGGAAGAUGGCACAUGUCGCCCUGGCAUGGAUCAACAAGCGAGUAUCCAGUCCCAUCAUCGGUUUCUCGAGCGUCGAGCGUAUGGAUGAGGCACUGGGCGCCAAUGACAAGACUUUGACCGACGAGGAAGAAAAAUACCUCGAAGAGCUCUAUCAACCAAGAAACAUUGUCGGACAUUCUUGA